AUGUCAACUCCAAGCGCUUAUAAGGCUGGGGCCAACACCCAAGCCCGUGGCAAAGUCGGAAAAGUUGGAAAAGCCGCCCCUGCCCCAGCUCCCCGUGGCAAAGUUGCGACUGAUACCAAGCGCACCAUAUAAAUAAAAUGGCUUUCGCUUCAAGUGAAAUUAACUCCGCUAAUUUUUCUCUCUCUCAAGCAAUUUUAUUUAUGGGGUUGGGUUUGACCUCGAGGACUUCUGCACAGCAACAGCGAUUUAACUUUGGGGAUAACCAAAGGAACUGCUCCUCAGUGCGAUCAAGAGGCUCAGGUCUUUACCCCUACAGCACACCCGAAGGAGGUGGACCCUUAGUCGGAGCACGCGCAGGAGCUGAGUCGGAAUAAAGCCGUGACAGCAACGAAGCCUGUCGAAGCCGGAACCCCGUACUUACCGGUGCCUUGGCGAAUCGAAGUGGGUCGAUCCAGAGGUCCAUGGGCCCGACGCGUGGAUAAAUAUGGUGGCAGCUCUGGACAAGGCUACCCCGUAGUGGACGUAAAACGAUAUAAAUAAUUAAGAUAAGAUAAGAUACCAAGCACACCCCUAAGGACGCCAAAGAAAUGUUUUUGAAAAGGGUUCAGCUGUGCAGUAUCACUUAUGAUUAUUCAGACGACAAUAAAGACGUUAAAGCUAAAUCUGAGAGAAAUGCAGCUUUACAAGAUUUAAGGGAGUUUUUAAAUGACUCGAAAAAUGUGGCACAGUAUGUAAUUCCGCAUCUGGAUCUUGUCAUUGAUAUGAUCAAGAAAAAUAUCUUCAGACCUUUGCCGAUGGAUAAGAAAGGAGGAGAUAAAUUGGGACCAGGAGAAGCGGGAGCUGAAGGAGGUGAUGAAGAUAUGGUCAUUGACCCAGCGUGGCCGCAUUUACAAGGGGUUUAUGAGUUCUUUUUUGAGCUUAUUAUAUGUGAAGCAACUGAUGUGAAAAGUUUGAAGGUUUUUAUAACUCCAAGCUUUAUACAGGACUUUUUGCAGCUUUUUGAUAGUGAGGAGCCUCGAGAAAGAGACUAUUUAAAAAAUAUUUUAUAGUUAGCCAAUUCAAUAUGUUUUCAAAUAUUUAUUGUCAGAUUAUUUUUACUAAUAAAAGUAUUUCUAUGUAAACUGUAUACAUAGGCUAUAUGCAAAAUUAGUUCCAAGAAGAAAAAUGAUAAGAAAAGCAAUAAACGACUCCUUCCUUACAAUGAUUCACGAAACACAAAGAUUCAACGGUGCCAGCGAGCUCUUACUCCCACCUAAAUAAAACCAAUAGAAAAAUCCCUAUUUUUUACCCAAAAACCCACCCUCCGUGAGUGAACAAAAAUUUUUUAAUAUAAUUUUUUUGUUGAAAAAUAUUUUGAUAUAUAAGUGAUAAUUAUUAUAAUAAAAACCUCUUGCUAAUUUUAUUUAAUUUUAAAUAGCUUGCAUUUUAAAACAUAAAUUUUACAAUUAAAUUAAUAUUCGCUUUCCAAUUUUUGCGAAUUGGGAUUUUUUUAAAUUUCGAAAAAAAAAAUUAUAUAAAAUUUAUAUAUAAAUUAACCCCACUCGUAAGUGAAAAAAAUAUUUUUAUUCGUUCACUGAGAGGGGCAAUUAGACAUUCUCGCCUCAAUUAUCAGUGGUUUUGCAGUCCCCUUACGAGAAGAGCACGUUGUCUUUUUCAAAGUGAUCAUGAUUCCUCUCCACAAAGUCCAAACUGCCCACAUAUUCCACGAGCAGCUCCUCCGUUGCUCCAUGCUUUUCCUCAGCAAAGACCACGCCUUACUCCCCCCCCCUCCGUGAGUGAACAAAAAAAUUUUGUUCACUCACGGAGGGGGGUUAUUUUUUUUUUUUAAAAAAAUUUAUAUAUAAAUUUUAUAAAAAAUAUUUUUUUUCGAAAUUUAAAAAAAUCCUAAUUCGCAAAAAUUGGAAAGCAAAUAUUAAUUCAAUUUGCAAAAUUUAUGUUUUAAAAAGCAAUUCGUUUAAAAAUAAACAGAAUUAGCUCUAGAUUUCAUUAUAAUAAUUAUCAUUUAUAUAUCAAAUUUUUUUUCCAUAAAAAAUUUUUCUAUUAAAAAAAUUUUUGUUCACUCACGGAGGGUGGGUUUUUUGGGCAAAAAAUAGCGAUUUUUCUAAUGGUUUUGUUCACUCACGGAGGGGGGGGAGUUAGCAAUACCUCUUGUGGAAGGUCUUCUCCGAUACUGGCCAUUUGGAAACUCAGUUAAAGAAACUUUAUAUUUAACAGAGCUCCAAGAAGUCCUCGAAGUCUGCGAACUGGCGAAACUUGAACCUUUAAUCCCAAAACUCUUUAAAAGGCUUGUUAGAUGUAUUUCUGGACCUCAACUUCAGGUAGCUGACCGUGCUAUGUGUUUCUUUGAAAAUGACUACUUUUUAGGGAUUUUGCGUACCUUUAAACAAGUCACUUUUCCAAUGGUCGUCCCUGUUAUUGUAGAACUAGCCGAAACACAUUGGCAUAAAAUACUUCAAGAAUCGUUAAAUGCACUUAAGGUGAUUUUGAAAGAAAUUGACCCUGUGGCUUUUGAUAGAGCUCUACAAACCGGAUCAAGAGAUCUGGCAAGGGCAAAUUCAUUGGGCACUAUGCAUAACUUGCCGGCAAGGGCUACGACUGAAGCGAAGUGGGAUGCACUUGCUGCGAAAGCAAAAGCGAUUGAUCCGAGAUUUAAAGCUCCUUGUGUGCCUUAUGUAGAUUCUCAUGUAGUAGGGCUGAAUAAUAUGAAUGGAAUUAUGCUGACGAGCCAAAAUUUAAUUCCGCCUACUUAA